CAUGUGGGAAUAUUCGAGGAAUCCAGUAGUAUUUAUCCUAGCUCACAUAGGCUUCAUCGCAUCUUACAAGGCUGUUGUGCACCCUGAAGUGGAAUCAUCAGCACUCAAAACAGCACACCGAGUCUCACUCAUUCGAAGCGAUGUAUCUCACAAAAGCACUCACUCUCGCCCUACUCCACACCUUAGUCUCCGCUCAGACGGUGGUAACAAUCACUGAAGCGCCCCCGAGUCCAACGGCAGAGCCACAGUGGACAUCAGACAACACCUUCACCUCGGCCGUCCUCAAUAGCACAAACUUUUACCGCGGUGAGCACAAUGCGUCAUCCGUGACAUGGAACGAAACGCUUGCCGACUUCGCGGCAGACUACCUCGACGACAUGUCAGGCGACAGCUGCGACUUUGAGCACUCGGGCGGUCCCUAUGGCGAGAACUUGGCUAAGGGAUACCCUAACACGACCGCGAGCGUUGAGGCAUGGGGCGAGGAACGCGACGACUACAACUUCAAAAAGGGCGAAUUCGACGAGGACACUGGACACUUCACGCAACUGGUGUGGAAAGACACGACGGAUGUCGGGUGUGGUCGCAAGCUGUGUGGUGACGGGCAGUGGUAUCUCGUGUGCGAGUACUGGCCGAGGGGCAACGUCGUGGGCCAAUUUACAGAGGAAGUGCAAAGUCAAGAAUCGCUGGGUGUGCGGAUGAGCCCCAGUGUCGUUCCGUACCUGUUAGCUGUUGCUGGCAGUGUGACAGCAUGGAUCUUGUCUUGAGAGGCAUUCAUCGCCGGCGCUUAUUUAGGUGAAUGAAAAGCCUUUUUUUAAUGGUAAUCUGACAAUGAGUAAGGGGUCUCAUUCUGCCUGGCCCCUCCAAUUACAUAUUCCAGGCUUAUUCGAGACGGUUGAAAUUUCCUCACCCGAACCACUACCAAACUUCUUACACCCAUUUGAUGGCCAUCUCACACCCGUCAUAUCGACUUAUUCACUUCGACACACGAAGCACAUCCGAAUGGAUUUUUCCUUCACUUAUUGAGGCUUACUUCAUCUCAAUGUCAAUCACACAGACUUUCCCCAUCCCAGACCCGAAGUUUGAUAAGUAUCGCGUAGGAAGGGAGAGGAUCCGCGUCUCGCGAGAUGCCCAAGAUCCGACAAGGGAUGCAUAGAUUGCCCGUUGUUAUCCGGCCUGCCUUUACCAAGUAAAACUGAGCUGGUCUGAUACUUGACUCCGGCUAGAGUCCCUCUCUGCCGGUGCUGUAGCAACUAAUCUCCAC